AUGGACCUGUUCUCCGCCGCCUUCGAGAACUUCGGUCUGGUCAUCAACACGCAGAAGACGGUGGUGAUGCAUCGACCGCCAAACAACACAGCCACUCCCACCAACGCGCCGCAAAUCAGCGUGAAUGGGGCCCAACUGCAAGUGGUGGAGAACUUCUCGUAACUGGGCAGUACUCUCUCCCGCAACACCAAGAUCGAUGACGAAGUCGCCAGCAGGAUCUCGAAAGCCAGUCAAGCCUUCGGCCGCCUCCAAAGCACCGUUUGGAAUCGUCACGGUCUCCAACUGAGCACGAAGCUGAAGAUGUACAAGGCCGUCAUCCUGCCGGCACUACUGUAUGGAGCGGAGACUUGGACGGUGUACGCAAAGCAGGCACGCCGUCUGAACCACUUCCACCUCAGUUGUCUUCGUCGCAUCCUGAAGCUGAACUGGCAGGAUCAAAUCCCCGACACUGAAGUACUGGAACGAACGGGAAUUCUCAGCAUCUACGCCAUACUGAGACAGAUGCAGCUGCGCUGGAGUGGCCACCUGGUGCGCAUGGACGACGAGCGACUACCAAAAAGACUCUUCUACGGAGACGUCGCGACGGGUUCUCGCCGCCAAGGUGGUCGAAUUCGUCGAUACAAGGACACUCUAAAGUCCUCCCUGAAGUGCCUUCAAAUCAACCCGACCAACUGGGAAGAGCUCGCCCGCGAUCGUCCGACGUGGAGGAGAACUGUGAAGACGAGCGCUGCUAUCUACGAAGCCAACCGCAUCGCCGCCGUCAAAGCGAAACGCGAAGCCCGCAAAUCACAACUGCGCCCAGUCCGCAACGCCGAAGCACAACCGCUUCCGACGUGUCCUCGAUGUCAACGGACAUUCCGGGCUCGAGUCGGACUUGUUGGACAUCUAAGGAUCAACUGUACCUCUCGGACCGCACCAACCGCCGCCCCUCCACCCUCCUCUUCCAUGUCCUCUCUGCUGCCAACUACCUCUGGUAAUUCUUCUAAACCGUCACUUCCAUCCUCCUGCUCCUCCUUUUCCUCCUCCUCCUCCUCCUCCUCCUCCUCCUCAACCACUGUCCCAACGACGGCCACCCAUGCGGGCAUCUCGCACAUCACCAACCCUGACACAACAACCGACACCACUCCCACCUCCUCUGACUCCAGCGAUGAGGAUCAAGACUACACCUGCCCUCACUGCGACCGCACCUUCACCUCACACAUCGGCCUGGUCGGUCACUUGCAAAUCCAUCGCACAGAGACUGGCGAACCAGUUGCAGGAGCACCAACCUACACACACCGCACUCGUCUCCACUGCCCGCGCACAUUCACGCAUCGCAUGGGCCUUUUCGGUCACAUGCGGAUCCACGAGAACGGAAUAGACCGCAGUACCGACACAUCCAUUAUGCUAAAUCCCAUGCCCGCUUCAUCAUUCUGUGACCCCACCGCCCUCCCCGCAACUGACACGUACGCCACCGACUUCACCUGUCCACACUAUCCUUGCACAUUCACCUCAUACAUCGGCCUGGUCGGUCACUUGCGAAUCCAUCGCACAGAGACUGGCGAACCAGUGCCUGGAGCACCAGUCUAUACCCUCAAAGCUCGACUCAACUGCACACAUUGUCCUCGCACUUUCAGGAACCGCAUGGGCCUAUUCGGCCACAAGCCUAUUCGGCCACGAGAGCGGAAUUGACCCCAACUCCGACACACCCACCACACUUAACACGUCCACCAUGCCCAGCCCCACCCUCGCUCCAUCGCCCUGCGCGCUCAUCCUCAUCACCACCACCACCGCCUCUGUAGCUGACACCGGCACUCCCGACCUCUCAUGUCCACACCGUCCACGCACGUUCACCUCACGCAUCGGCCUGGUCGGUCACUUGCGAAUCCAUCGCACAGAGACCGGAGAACCAGUGCCUGGGGCACCAACCUAUACCCACCACGCUCGACUCAACUGCCAACACUGUCCUCGCACUUUCAGGCAUCGCCUGGGCCUAUUCGGUCACAUGUGCAUCGACGACGACCUGCGGUAG